AUGUCGACUGAAAACGGUGUUCUGCUUCCAGUAUCUUCAAACUCGCCGACAGAAGACAAAAAAAUGCCCGAGGAGACGACAGAGACGAAGCCGCUAAUUGUGGAAGUGAAGACGGAACCUAUUAGUAGCGCAACACCAUCGUUGUGCGGAGAAGCUCAAGCUCAGCCGAGUCCGUCGACAUCGGGCGACGAAAACAAGGCGGCGCCGGCGACGCGGCAGAAGAGGAAAUACAACAAGCGAAAACUGGCGCCGGAGGAGUGCUCGAGAAAAAGUGUCCGAAUCAAUAAGAAUGCGGCCGCCGAUGCUGAGAUUAUCAACAAUUAUACGGGAAUCAAAGAUAUUCGAAGAUCUCGAAAUGUGCAGUUCCCAAAAGGGCUCAAAAGAAUCCCAUUCGUGACACCGGAAAAACCAUUGAAGGAGAAUGGACGCCUCCGAAUCGAUAUGAACUGCACUAGAUCGACGACUCGCGAGCUCUACGUCAUCGAGAGCCCCCCAAAAAAGAAGAGGAAGAACGCGAAAAACGACGAAUCGGCAACAAAUUCGAACAAUGUUCCGAUCGGCGUCGAUCAUCAGGCAGCGCUUCCGGAGCUCAUGGAAGCACGAGCCAGUGCCGUCGAUGAGGAUGAUCGCGAUGAGCCGAUUUGGAUACCGGAAUGCAGCGAGAUUGCAAUGGACGAAUUUCGGGAAACAUACGAGCUCGUCCAGCCACAAUAUGGUUCUGUGAUUCCAUUGGACUCGUUUUUGCACAGAUUCAUGGAAUGUGGAUACAGCGUUGAGAAAAUGCUCGAGACGCUCGAAAGCGAACGCGAUAAUCUGCCGCAGCCGUUCAAACCAUUUACGGUGGCCCAACAAAUCGAAUUCGAGAAGCACAUUCGUCGCACAUCGGGACCAAUCAAAUCGAAAUCUUUUAAAUACAUGCAAGACAGAUUCUUGCGAUCGUACCAUCUCGGCGAAAUUAUAAAUUAUUAUUACCUCACAAAGCGCCAUCAUUGUCCGGACAAGAUAAUUGGAAGAUGCAGUUGUCACGAAUUGAUGCGAAAAAAGCCGGAGAAUCUUGUGAGCCGAUUGGAGUGCUCGAAUUGCACCAAAGACAUGCGAGCGAACGCGGAGAAAUCGGAUAAAUUGUGUCUGGUUUGCGAUUUGUACUUCACAAGAACUGGCAAACAAAGAACAUCUCCUGGACGAUUCACUGAUGAAGAGGAAGAAUUCUUGAAGUACUGGAAUGAGAUGGAGCUGCAGAAUGGAAAGGAGAUGACGAUUGGCGAAGUCGAACAGAAAAUGGAGGACGAACGAAUUACGGAGCUCGAAACUCGACCGCUGACUCAAGAAGAGAUCACUUCGUUGGGAACGAGCAAGAAAAGAGAUCGGAGGACAGUGGCUGUCAUGUUGGCUCCGUUCAAGCCGAAACAAUCGGAGACAUGCCCCCGAAAACCAGUAGAAGACUACCGUGCAAUUCACACAAAAGAAUUCACACCAGAAGAGACGGCGAAAUUGGUCCGCUCAUUCUUCAAGAACUCGAACGACAUUUCCAAAGUGUGCGAGGAUCUGAACAUCUCGCCGUUGGAGGCGAGAGUGUUCUAUCGACGAUACGAGGUCGAGCUGAACGCAAUGCCGGAGAACAACAAUAAUAAAAAGAAGAAGAAGGGCUCGAAGGCGUCGCCGACGCAAUCGGCUGGUCCGUCGCCAAAGGAUGAAAACGGCGGAGUGGCAACGAGAAAAAGGAAGUCGUCGAUGUUCCACGAGGUUCCGGCGGCGGCCGCAAAAAGGAGGGCAAAACCCAUCUGA